AGGAAGGCGGUGCACCUCGCUGGGAAGGGCUCUCCAGGGCCUUCCGCUCUUCGCCCGCCUACUCCACGCCUGGUGGGGCCUGCUGAUCCCGGGGCCGACCGGGCACCGCCUGGACCAGCUUCGCCAUGUGGAGGCGGCUCGGUCUCCCUCGGCUCGCCUUCGCCGGGGCUCCAGCAGAUUCCAGUGGCAGCAAAAUUCUCACUGCUGGUUUGAAGAAAUUUGUCCUUCCUCCAGAUUACAGUGGUAUCACCAUUCCUGAGAAACCCAAACUGAAAUUUGUUGAUAAAGCCCCAGCUGUGCCCAAAGUCAGGCGAGAGCGCAAGAAUUUAAAUGAUAUCCGUGGUCCAUCAACAGAAGCCACAGAAUUCACUGAAGGGCAAUAUGGUAUCCUGGCUAUGGGUGGUGGAUACCUCCGUUGGGGUCACUUUGAAAUGAUGCGCCUGACUAUCAACCGGCACCUAAAUCCCAAGACAAUGUUUGCUGUGUGGAGAGUCCCACCUCCUUACAAGCCCAUCACCCGGAAAGGGCUAGGACAGAGGAUGGGUGGUGGCAAAGGUGCAAUAGAUCACUAUGUGACAGCAGUGAGAGCGGGCCGUCUCAUAGUGGAAGUCGGAGGGCACUGCGAAUUUGAUGAGGUGAAGCGCUUUCUAACUCAGGUGGCGCAGAAAUUGCCCUUCCCAGCCCAAGCUGUCAGCAAGCAAUCCCUACAAGAGAUGCAUGAGAAAGAGGAGGAGAGGCGACGCAACAACCAGAAUCCAUGGACUUUUGAACGCAUUGCCAUGGCCAACAUGCUGGGGAUAAGGAAAUACCUCAGCCCCUAUGACUUGCAGCAGAAGGGCCGUUACUGGGGGAAAUUCUUUCUUCCUGAUAGAGUAUAAAUGGGGUUGUGUGAACCUCACUUAAUAUAUCACUGCAAAAUGUUACUUUUUGCUUGGAAACUUUUUACAUGUUCUGUAUCUUCUCUCCCUGGUUCCCGUCAAUAAUGAGUGGCCUAUAACACGGAGCUUGCAGAUUUUGCCAAUAUGGAGUUGAAAUUACAUGGAUCUGGGUUAAAUAAACCGGGUGUACUUUUUAGUA